AUGGAUUCCCACCCGCAUAGCUCGGGAGCUCUCAGCAUUCCGACCUAUUCAAGCACUUCUACCACCCUUCGUUGCUGCUGUGGCCGCAAUGAUUGCGCUUUGCUUGAGCAUAACAAUAUAGCGCUUGAGGGUCUGGAAAAAGAUCUUGAGACAGCGGCAAGACUCGGUCAGGUACGUAUCAUUAAAUAUCAGCCCAAUUUUUGCGAUGCAGUUUGGUUGGACUGCGCACGUCAGUGUAUCAGUCUUAAUUUCAUACUCUCAUGGCCGCCAAAUAUCGAUCUCCCAUUCUUUCACAUUGCGUUGGCGUCCGUCAUGGCUACCUUUCACGAUUAUACUGCCGAGGCAGGAUGUUUGGGGCCGUCCUCGCUGACUUUUUCUUUACAGGCCUUGCUCCAUCGUCAUGAAAGUUACAUGGCUGAGGCGGAAGAGGACCGUCACCGCUUGGUCACCAGCAUUGACGAUCUAGAGCGCGAAAAGAAAGAAGUGCAGGCGGAAAACGCGCGCAUUAUCGAAGAAAAUCGCAGCUUGUUGGAGCAACUCGACGCCCUCAAUAGAGCCGUCGCCGAGUCUGACGACCAUGUCAAGUCCCUCACCAACACGUUAGAAAGCACCGAGUGUGAGCUGCGAAGAUUGACGGUGGCUGCGACGCGCGCUGCAGAGCUUGAGGCGCAGUUAGCUCUCAUGGAGACCGAGCAGUCGAAACUCCAGGAAAGCCUUACUUCCGCGCGCGAAGACGAGAAAUCGGCCCUCCAGCGGUGGAGGCAAGCAGAGUGCAACGUGCGUGACCUUCAUGAUCAAGUCGACCGCAUCGAAAAAGAAGCACGCGAAGAGAGCGAACGACAUACCGAGCUGGUAGAGCGCAUGGAGCGGAAGAGGGCCGUCGAGCGCGAGCUGGAUAAUGCAGCUGGGCGUCUCAAGGGCGCCGCUGCAGCCUCCGAAUUAAAUCGCAACGCUGGUGGCACCAACGUGGUGUCCCGCUUUGUCAAGGAUAUACUACAGGACAACGCCAAUCUGCAAGUUGGGAUCAUAGAGCUACGCGAAUUACUUGACAACUCGAACGAAGAAGUGAAAAAUCUACGGGAACAGGUCAUGUCUCAUCAGCCGCUGGCCGGCGUCGAUGAAGAAAAUGCGCAGCCCAGGUCUUCCACAACUCUGAGCGAGGAGCUUGAAGCAAAAGAAGAACGCCGCGUGUCCCAGGAAUUCCAUAUACACCACCACUACCAUACACCAACGCAAGCUGCAAAGAAAGAGAAAGCUCCGCUGAAUCGCCGUGUCAAGAAACGCCGUCCUGCUCUGGGAAGCCCGGUUGCAAUGCACUCUGCCGUCCGAUCCCAGUCGCCUCGAAGAGUCCUCCAUCGUUCUCAGUCUUCCGGUUCAUCGAUGUCAACUAUCCUGUCCCACACUUCUGUCUCCAUCCCACCUCAAUCGUCCCGCCGCUGGUCAUUACAAUCACAUGCGCCAGACUCACUGGCAAGCUCUCCACAGUCCGCGUUUCGACCAUCGUCAAUAUUUGACCGCGUUGAACGUUGUUCUGAAUUCUCGCAACCUACCAGCCCCGAAAGUACUGUGUUUUCCUCUCCUUUGAUGGGAGUACGGAACUUGAAGGGUCUUGAUAUGUCUUUCCGUCCGAUGGGUGGCUUUGAUGAUAACGAUCCCGAGUCUAUGCCUUUCGAAGAUGAUAUCUACAGCCGAGAUUUCCACAAUCCAGGCGACAAUAAUAGACAACCCGCCAUCCCAGAAGAAUCCGAGUCAUCGCCAUCUGUGGCCUACUUUGACACAUCCGUACAGGCCCCUCGCCCAGUCCCCGACGAUGACAUUUGUAACAUGCACGUACAGCCCUCAGGAAUACGCAGAUCCUCUUCACACGACAGUUUACUCUCCGUUGCAGGGAUGGACAUCCACACGCCCCAAACCCGCCACCUGCGAAUGGGCGACUGGCACCCCGGCAUGAAAAUCCCUCGACGCAUUCUAUCCCCCAGCGUCGAAUUAGUCUCAACACCCCCAAUCAUCUCCGCCCCCUCCAUCCAAGCAGACCGCGCCACAAGCUCAACAUACACAUCCCAAUCACUCCUCGCUUCGAUGGCCGUAGGAACCAAAUCUGAUACGGCCUCCGUCGUAUCCUCAGACAGCACCAGCACAGCCUCAACAACCACAGGCCGCAAAGCCACAUUAGGCCGCCGCGUCGGAGGCUGGGUCCUAGGCAGGUGGGGCAUGGCACCUGUCUCCGGUGACCCACAUGAUCCAGCAGACUCGCCCAAUACAUCUGUCGCCUCUUCCCCUUCUACAACGACCCCCGUUCUCAAACCAGACCCUCUGGCUCUCCGCUUCAGAUACCCAGGCGUGAACCAGAAAGGCCCGAUAAUGGGCUUGCGACCGCCACCUGCUGCGCCGGUUUCUCUCCAUCCGACAGGACUAGAUGAGGAUUUGCUGCGGGAGAGUUUGGCCGAAUAG